AUUUCACCUUCAACUCGACAGCUUGGGAUUUGUGUUUAUGGGAUUGCUGCCGCUGCGUGAGUUGAGCCUGUUCACAACAAGCAUUGCCUUGCGGGAUCUCUUAGCAACCGUGGACGUAGAUACUUUCAUCGAGCAGUAUCCUGAUGAAUAAAUUUUAAAGAAACUCUGACCUGCUAUUCUAAAGAUCAUGGCAUCUCCGCUAGAAAACCUCGAGUCGAGCUUGGAGAUGUUUGUGGAAAACGUGAGGCAGAUCCGCAUCAUCGUGAGCGACUUCCAGCCGCAGGGCCAGACAGUGUUGAACCAGAAGAUUCAGUCAAUGGUGCAGGGUCUGCAGGAGAUCGACCGGCUCAAGUCGCAGGUGCAGGACAUCAGCGUGCCCCUGGAGGUGUUCGACUACAUCGAUCAGGGCCGCAACCCUCAGCUCUACACCAAGGACUGCAUGGAGAAGGCGCUGUGCAAGAACGAGGAGGUUAAGGGCAAGAUCGACUCAUACCGCAAGUUCAAAGCCCACCUCCUUGCCGAGCUGCACACCACCUUCCCCAACGAACUGGCUAAGUACCGCGCCAUCCGCGGAGACAACAACAACCCGCAAUCCUCGUGAGUUGCUUCCUCCUGUGUAUAAAUAUGUGUGACUCUAGGUCGAUGAUAAGUGAAUAAUACAAAAUAGUUACUACUUUUAA